UUUUUUGUACUGGAAGUGUACUCAAGCGAGAGAAAUUCGUAUCGAAAUCAAACGACAGCAAAAGAAGAAAAUAACUUCAAAACGUAAAUACAAACAUUCGAAAUUAAUUCAAAAUUUUUGCGCGCCGAACACUUUUGAACGAAGUGAAAUAAAACAAAAAGCAUAAAUACAGGUACAUUUACAUUUUACCAGAUCCCAGUUGGCAUCGUUUCGAGUUUUGGAGUUUGCUUCUGGAACUGGAGCUGGAACUGAAAACUGAAAACUGAAGCUUCGAGCUUGGAGUCGGAGUUGGGCGCAUAAUUAAAAGCGAAACCCAAGAGAGGCUGCAAAUAUUUGCAUAAAGCGCAGACGGGCUAAUAAGAUUUUUUCGCCUGAUUUACGGUUGCUGUGGUUGCAGCCCAACAUCAACAUCAACGCCAACGCCAACGCCAAAGACAACGCCAACAACACCCCGGCACAUCAAUCCUUUUUGCCAAGGCAAGGCAAGGCACCAGGCACCUGUUUUUCCCAAGAAGAACAACAAUAACAACACCCAGAAGUAGCAGCAGCAGCAGCAGAAGAAGAAGGAGCAACAAAAGCAAAAGCAAGAGCAUUAGCAGAACAGAAGAGGCGAGCGAGCAGAACUCUUUGGCAAAAUGCGUGGCCGUCACUUGCGUCGACGCUUCAGCUUGCAGCCCUCGUUCAUGAAGGAUGACAGCGCCGAGGAUAAGCCGAAGCGUGACAAAGUGGGUCGCAAUAAUGCGGUGGACGAUGCCAUUGGGCCGGCAAAUGCUCGUCAUAAAAUUGUGGUCAUGGGCGCGGCCAAAGUGGGCAAAACUUCGAUAAUCACUCAGUUUCUGUACAACAUAUUUACCACCAAAUAUAAAAGGACCAUCGAGGAGAUGCAUCAGGGUAACUUCUCCAUCGCAGGCGUCAGUCUAACUCUCGACAUACUCGACACGGCCGGUUCCUAUGAGUUCCCAGCAAUGCGCGCUUUAUCCAUAUCAUCGGCAGACGCAUUCAUCCUGGUCUACGAUGUCACCGAUGCAACAACAUUCGAGGAGGUUCGCGCCAUCCGCGAUCAAAUCCAUGAAACGAAGGCAACCACAGCGGUGCCCAUUGUUGUGGUUGGCAAUAAAAUCGAUCUGCUUACCGAGGACACCGAGCUCCGCGAGGUGGAGUACGCCACAACCGAGUCCGUGGUGACUGUUGACUGGGAGAACGGCUUCGUCGAGGCAUCCGCUGCGAACAAUGACAACAUCACGCAGGUGUUUAAGGAGCUGCUGGCGCAGGCAAAGAUCACGUACAACUUGAGUCCGGCACUGCGUCGGCGCCGCCAGUCGCUGCCCCAGCAGAUCGGCAACAAUGGGCCGGGCACACCGUUGCACCAUCAUCACCAUCACCAUCAUCAUCAGCAGUCGUCGCAGUCGCAGCAGCAUGGACACCAGGCGACGCCACAUGGCUCCGGCUCCGGCUCUGGUUCGGCAUCGACAUCCUCUGGGGCAGCUGGCGGUGGUCAUGGCUCCCAUACACCGACGCCGGCGCAGUUGCAGCAUUUGCAGCGCAUUCAGGAGCGCAGUUUGGGCGCCAAGCGCAAUUCCUGCACUAUUUCCUAAGCACUCUGUCCCCUCCUCCUCGUCCUACCCCCCACUUAAAAUGCGAACAACCAAAGACAAAAGAACAAAAACAAAAAAAGAAAAAUAAACUAAAACCUCAACUGAAACUGAAACUGAACAAACGGUCUCCUACAAAUGGUUUUCAAAUGCUUCAACAAAUAAAAAACAAAAACAGAAAUAGCUAAAAAAAAACAAAUACUAAAUAAAUGAAAAAAUGGAUUUAUGUAUUUACGAUCGAUUAUAGUCACUCAACUCAAGUGUACCUUUCGCUAAUCACUUUAGUACCUCUAUUAUAUGUAAAUUCUUGAGCAACUUUUCGCUCUCUCUCUCACUCUCUCUCAAUCUUUCUCUCUCUCUCUCUGUCUCUUGUCUCUAACUCUUGUCUAGUUUUUUUUGGGAACACAACACGACAAUAUCAGAAGCGAAACGUUUCCAAAAAAAAAAAAAAAACCAACUUAAAGAAAAAAAAAAACAAAACGAAAACUAGACCAAAGAAAUCCGUUGAGAAAUGAAACCAAUUUUGUUAGGAAAAUCAAAAACACAACGGAAAAGAAAGUCAUCUAAAGAAAAACUCUCUAAAUGAAGCAACUGUUGAACCGCUCCUGGAACAUCUUAAAUGCGCAUUCCCCUCACUCUAGUUAUCUGUGUGAGUGUGUUUGAGUGUGUGUGUGUGUGAGUGUGAGUGUGUGUGUGUGUAUUACCUAGCUACUUGCACCGAAAAUAAGUUCACAUCUUCAAGGAAGCGAGGUUUCGACACCCGCUAAGGGGGUUGAGCACUUCGCUAAGAGCGAAACUUUUAUCGCGAAGCUUUCUAUGAAAUCUAUUUGAAUUUCUUAUUUAUUCAAUAACUUUUACAUCUCACCAUCGAUCUGCAUGAAAUUUGCAAGGCAGCUGCAAAAAUGUCGCAAAUUUGGGGACAACAACUUUCAGCACGCUGUGUGAGCUAGGUAUACUAUAAAUGAGCUAACUAUUUGCUACUCUCUUACACAGUUCCUAACAGAAACAGAAAUAAAGAAAAGAAAAGAAAACGUUAUGCUUAAACAAAUUUGAUUUGGUAUGAAUAGAGGAGUUAGAUGAGUGUGGAAAGCUAAAGCAAAUGCAUAGUGAAUAAAGUAUUAGUGUUAAGCAUUUCAUGAUACUGUUUAUGUUUUGGAUUACCUAUAUAUUAUUAUUAUAAUUAUUAUUAUUACUAUUACUAUUACUAUUACCACAUACAUAAAUACAUAUGUUUAUUAUUCAAUGUUAGUACGUAUUGUAUUGUAGUUGGUUAGUUAAGCAAAAGAAGGUUAAUAAUGAUCAUGAUGAUGAUGAUGAAGAAGGUUAAGAUUGAAAACGCAAUGAAAACACCAAACAAUAUGAAACUAAGGCCAAAAAACAUAGUAACAAAAAGCAACUAGACAAAGAAGGGAAACUGUUUGUACUGUAAACGUAUGUGUGUGUGUGUGUGCGUGUGUGUAGCAUGUAUUUAUUAUGUACUUGUAUAUACUAAACGUUUAUACUAUAUAUAGGUACAUAAAUUACAAGAUUGGACAUGGUAUCGAGACGAUAAGAUGAUGUUAAAGCUAACCUUAUUCAUUAGAGAGCUAACGUAUGUAUGUGUGUGUGUACUACAACAGCAUAUUUGUGUAUGUGUGUAUGUGUCUGUGUCUAUGUCUGUAUCUGUAUCUGUGUUAAAUACUUAAAUAUACCAUAUACUACAAAAAAUACUAUACUACAUCCGAAGGCGGCUAUUGAAAUGCAUAAUUAGCAAAAUUUUCAAGUUCAAAUUUCAAAACUUGAAUCAGCUCUGAAAACGAGUUAAUUAUGUGCUUCAAUUGCUUGAAUUUCAUUUAAUACUGACUUCAGUGAAAGCAGAGAGCAAAGCUAAAGAAAGCAAAUAUGUUGUACAAUAACAAAAAAAAAAACGAAUUCAAAGCAAGAUUCAAAACAAAAAUGCGAAAAUGAAACGAAUGCAAAGCCCAAGUUGCAACUUGUUUAAUAUUUAAAUAUCGAUAUGUUACAAUAAAAUAAAAAUAAAAAUAAAAAUAACGGAAAAACUGCAAACUAAGAGAAUUUAUGUAUUUAAUAACAGAAUAAAACUAGAAAAAAAGAAAA